AUGACUGGGGAAGGAAACCUUACAGAGAUCACGUACUUCAUCCUAUUGGGAUUCUCAGAUUUUCCCAGACUCACAGCAGUGCUCUUUGCUAUAUUCCUGGGGAUCUACGUUAUAACUCUAACCUGGAACCUGGGCCUCCUUGUCUUACUAAGGAUAGAUUCCCAUCUCCAUACUCCCAUGUACUUCUUCCUUAGUAACCUGUCCUUCAUAGAUAUCUCCUAUGUUACUUCCACUGUUCCCAAGAUGCUCUCCAGCUUCUUCCAAGAGCAGGAAAUAAUCACCGUUGUGGGCUGCAUUGUUCAAAACUUCAUCUUUUCAACCAUGGGACUGAGUGAGUCUUGCCUUUUGACAACCAUGGCUUAUGAUCGGUAUGCUGCCAUUCGUAAUCCACUGGUCUACUCAUCCAUCAUGUCACCCACAAGCUGUGUUCAGAUGAUGUUGGGAGUCUAUAUGGCUGCACUUUCUGCUUCUUUAUCCCAAUUAUGCACCUUGCUUCAGCUCCACUUCUGUGGGCCUAAUGUUGUCAACCACUUCUUCUGUGACAUGCCCCAACUGUUAACCUUGUCCUGCUCUGACACUUUGUUCAUACAAGUCAUGACUGCUGUAUUCACAAUGAUUUUUGGGAUAGCAAAUGUUCUAGUCAUCACGAUAUCCUACUGCUCUAUUAUCAUUACCAUCAUGAAGAUCACAUCAGCUCAAGGCAGGUCCAAAGCUUUCAACACCUGUGCUUCCCGCCUCACAGCUGUUUCCCUCUUUUAUACCCCAAGCAUUUUUGUCUAUUUGAGUUCCAGCUCUGGUAGCUCCUUGAACUUUGACAGAUUUGCAUCCAUCUUCUACACUAUGGUGAUUCCCUUGUUGAAUCCCCUGAUUUACAGCCUGAGGAACAAGGAGAUCAAAGAUGCCUUGGAGAGGUUGCAAAAGAAGAGAGGGCACUGCUAA